AUGUGUGCGUUUAAAACACAGACAGAUACAGAAAGCCAAGCCCUGCUUCUUUUGAUGGGUGUUCGUCAGGAUGAUCUGGUGAAGGUGAGAGAAAAGAUUCUGGAAUAUAAAGCAGAGUCAGAAAAGGAAGCCCAAGACCUGUUUAAGCAGACAAAAACAAAAAUGGAAACAACCUUACAAGAAAUCAGAGAAAUGCAGCAGUUUCUGGCUAAACAGGAGAAACAUUUCCAGGCCCAGAUGGAGGAGUUGGAGAAGCAGAUUGCAAGGAAAAGAGAUGAACACUUGAUCUUACUUACCCGGGAACUUUCCUCUCUGGAAAGUCUCAUCCAGGAGACAAAAGAGAAAUGUCAGCAGCCACCAGCAGAACUGCUGCAGGAUGUGAGGAAUCUCUUGCAGAGGUGUGAAGCAAGAAAGGAGUUCAAGAAACCUGAUGUUUUUCCUCUUGAGUUGAAGUGGAAGAUCUUGGACUAUGGAGAUAUAGCUCUGCUUCUGGAAGUUAUCAUGAAACAAGUCAGAGAUGAGUUAAAAUCUGGAUUUACACUACAGAAAGCAACUGUAACUUUGGAUCCGGACACAGCUCAUGACCACCUUAUCCUGUCUGAGGAUCGUAAAAGUGUAACAUAUGGAGACGAAUCUCAAAACUUGCCGGACAAACCGAAGAGGUUCAAGAAAACUUUUUCUGUCCUGGGAUGUGAUGGAUUUACAUCAGGCAGACAUUUCUGGGAAAUCUGUGUGGGAGAAGAGGGCCAGUGGCUGGUAGGAGUUGCCAGAAAGUCUAUAGAGAGAAAGGGCGACAUUGUCUUUGGGCCUAAGGGGGGAAUCUGGGCUAUAGGGAAGUGGGAUGGCGCAUAUAAGGUUACUAACGAUCCUGAGUUCACACCUCUGUCUCUGAACAGUGAGCUCAAAAGGGUUCGAGUGUCUGUGAACUAUAUUGGGGGCCAGGUGGCCUUUUACGAUGCUGAUACAGGAGUCCAUCUCUAUUCAUUCUCUGGGGCUCCAUUCAUAGGAAAGAUACUUCUUCCUUAUUUUAAUGUGAAUAAAAAAGGGCAUCUGAGAAUUCCUCCUUAAGGCAGCAAAACAAGUUGACCACAUGCACCCUACAUCCUGCAAGAUUAAGACUUUGGAUUUAUCUCCUUUAAAGGGCAGAGAUAGUGCUUUAGUGUAGUGGUUCCCAAAUUGUUCUGUGAAACCCUAGGAUUCGACAAAAGCAUAGUAGGGCGUAAAGCCCAACUUCAGAACAAUUUAAUUACAAAUAUUAAACAAGUUUAAUAUAUCAGU